AUGCGGCGAAAGCAAAGGUUGCCCCGCGUAGCAGUACUACCGGUAGCUCUAUUGGUUUUGGAGCUGAUACUCGGUAGUCUGAGCAGUACCACGACGGCAUCGGCAUUCCUCUUUAGCCAAGCUGGCCAACUCUCGCACAGUCACCGAAAAGUAGCAUCGCCAACAACGUGCCUUCAACGACACGCAUCCGAAGGAACUAGUUCCAAUGAGAUUAAACAAAAUUUCCUGGACACCUCUGUGCCGGGACCAUCGUUGGCCACCAAGCCAGAUUAUGAAAAGACGGCGAUUGGACCGCUCGGCCGAUGGAUGGAUUUGCUGUUCCUCCGCGUGUUCCGGCGAAAACUCGCUGGCCACGUCGGCGGAGCGGAUUCGUCACGCAACGUGACAGAUUUUAUGGGGAUCAUCGAUCUCGCUGCCGCCAUGAAUAGGCGCUUCUCGCAAGGAAAAAUCCACAGUGCUGCGCAACAAGUACUACGGGAGCUCUUUCCGUCCUGGAUGCCGGGAUCCUACGCUGUUUUGUUUUCCAAACCAUUUCCAGCGUUCUCCUCUCGAAUGAACGCAUGGGCGACGAAAGUUGCGGGAACAUGGCUUAUGGGCGAAUGUGAGAUUAAUGACGUUGUGGUAGACGGUGGUGAGGUGGGUGAGGGCCAAGGUUUGUUGGUAAAACGCUGUCGUUUUCUGGAGGAAAGUGGCUGCGCAUCUAUUUGUGUCAAUUCGUGCAAAAUCCCGACCCAGAAUUUUUUUGCCCAGGACAUGGGGCUGCCACUCACCAUGGAACCGAAUUAUGAAACAUUCGAAUGUCAGUUCUCUUUUGGGCGAACACCCGAUUCGAGCACCGAACUUGAUGCAAAAAGCACCCCUUGCUUGUCACGGUGUCCGACUUUCGGGUCGUUGCGGUUACAACACCAAGACGAUAGUUCAUUUCCGUUUACCUCAGCUCAACAGCAAGUAGCCACAACUGCACCAUCUCCAUGUUCUAUGAUGGGGGAAUGA